UCUCUACACAAUAUUUUACUACUCUUUAUCAGCACACAUUUUUCACGCAAUUCUAAUGGACCAAACAUACCCAGAACACAUACACAGGGUCAUGGAAAGCAGCCAAAUUGCUGAUUAUUCUUCCAGGGCAGCUGGGAUAUUUGGUUUUGGUGUUGGUGUGCGGAAUGACGAGCAGCCCCAAACACAACAGCCAACUGAGCCCGUUGGUCGACAGGGCAAUUCAGGUAACGCAUACUAUCAGAUAGGCUCCCAUUACCCACACCAAAUCUCACGCCAUGAAAGCAGUGGCAAGGGAAACCACAGAAACGACCAUUCUGAAGUAGAUGAGUUUGGCAUGCUUCAUCUGGUGCAUGAAUAUCUAGCAACCCAGCGUGGAACUCGAGGCACACACAGAGAAAAGAUGAUUCUAACAAAGCACAUUACGCGGCUGAGCAACGACCCACGUAUGCUUGAGAUCGCAGGCUUGGCAUUCUUUGCUACCCUGGAUAAUGCGGUGUUUCCAGGAAACACAAAUUUGAUACAGAAUUCGACAUCACCUCGCCCAGAGACCAGCGUACUGGACACACGUACUUUUGGAGAUCACUGGCUGCCGAAUAGUGGAAGGAAUCGUCCGUACGAGACAUAUCACUGGUACAUCAAUAGCCUAGACUGUCUUAUUCCGGAUGCAAUGAGUGAGACGUUCCAGCUGCACGGAGUCAAGUGCAAGCUUCGUUUGCUUAAGAAAUUCAGUCUCUCAAACGGCGAAACGUGGACUGGACUAUGGCUUCACAAUGUCGGCCGCGGCAGGGAUGUGAUAAAUGGACCGUUUGUGCUUGCUAUCUCGAAUGUUGCCUACCCCACCGAGUAUCAUGCCCAGGUUGUCUUGCCGAAGGGUGGAGUACGUCCAUCGCAGGGAGUCGGAAUGAAACUCUUCGUUGAGUACAAGGAACUAUUACAUUCGACACACAAGAACAGCCGCCCAAUAUGCGACUCCGAUGGGCGUGUUCGCGUCAGUGUGAUAUCCAUCUGACCAGACAUUUCGGGGACUUCACACAUAUGCUCAGUAGUUGGCUGCUCUACUGUACAUUCAAUGCGUGGCCACGAGCUGUUUCUCUUGUUAUUGCAUUCAUCAUUAGGCAACCAUCCUGUACAUG